CACACAAACACUUUCCCAGAUGCAGUGUUGCCAAUGGAAGAAUUUAAUUAAUUAAUAACUGUUCUGACAGGAAUAUAUUAUUUGUUUCGAUGAAACGUUUAAUAAAAAGAGAAUUUUUGAUUAUUUUUUUGCUUCAGGGUUCUAUAAAGUUGGACUGAAAGUAAACAUACGAUUCCAAAUAUUUUGAAUAUACCAACAGUGGCUGCUUUUUAACUUCAAGGUGGCAAAAAUACCUUGACGUUUGGUGACUGUCUAGGAAGUCUGAUUUUAUUUUAGGAAUAGAAUUAAUUUUUAUGAAAUAUAAGUGAAAAUGGCUACGAAGGGGUUGUAUUACACCCCACCUGGUACGGACGGCUCCGAAUAUGCCCACAGACAACGGAUAGCUAGUCAUUAUCAAACAAGUGCUUUAAAUAAAUCAAGACUUAAGUAUUGUAUAUUUUUCCAUUACCUGUUGUUUUUUGCGAUGCUAGCAAAGCUCUCGGCAGAUAUUUUAGACAAACUAGACAUAUUUAUAUUGGAAAUUGAAGAACUGCACAUUCCUGAGCCGCUCUGGUGGGAAUACAUAUGGUGUAUAAGCCUUCUGUUAUCAUUUUUGGGAUUGGAAGCUAUUAAAAAAAAUAAAGUAUCUCUAAUGAGGAAUUAUAUGACAGGAUUGGUGCUGUUUGGAUUUCUCCCCCUUUUUUAUGCUGUUAUUUAUUAUUUCUCGGAUGUAUGGACCUAUCUAACAUUUGAAGAAGACGAGGAUUUGGAAGAUGUUCAUAUGUGGCAGGGAUAUCCAUAUGGAAUGCUGUGGUAUGCAUUUAUACUCCUAUCCAUUCAGGUUCACUUAUUUUCCUUGUAUUUUGCUUGGAACCUACUUACAGCAUGGAGAGUGAAGGGUACCAAAAAAUAUGAAUAAAUCUAGUUAAAUAUUAACAGACAAUUUGCUCAUUAUCAAUGUUAGGUACUUCAGAUAGUUUCCUUAAAAUGCACUUGGAAGUCUAUAACCAGUAAAUUUGGAAAUGUUGGAACCUAAAUAUCCCACAUAGCACAUUAAGAAUAUAUUUAUUUUAUUAAUUGUGUAGCCUCAAAUCUUUACACUGAUAAACAAAUAUUUGUAAUAUGUCACUAAUAAUGAAGUGAUAUUUACAACAAGACAGGUUCUACUACUAUAAGCACAUUGAGUGAUUGUUUAAGGUCCCUGACAACAAGGGAUGUCUUUUUUUUUAAACUAGGGUAAAAUAAUGCCAUGACAAGGACCAUUUUUAAUAUUACUUGCAUUUCUAAUAAUCUAGUACGUGAGCUAUACCAAUACACUGCCUUCACCAGGUAACAGUAUUUCUAAAAUAGAUCCUGUAACUUAGUAAAAUAAAUAUAUUUUUGCUAUGUGUGAUUACCUAGUUAAGUAACUGUAAGAAAGUUUACCCUGAAACAUUGUACCUUUUUCAUUUUUAUACCUCUCAGGCCGACAUCAUCCAUUGGUGUUUGAUAAUUUGUGUGUAUAUGUGUUUAGCAAAUUGUGUCAUUAAAUCUUUAUUUGUUACAUAUGUUGUUUUUCCUAGUUUAUAUAUUUUUUGUAUGCAAUUAGAACUUGCAUGUAUAUUUGCACUAGUUGUGUAUUAGAAAUAUUUAAAUCGAUUUUUGAAAUUUUAUUUUAAUGAAUAAAUUUAUUUUCUAAAA